UACAUUCACGCCUGCUUGUUACCCUGCCGGUCAUCCCUGUUGCUUCCCUGUGGAUCUAUUGUGGCACUUCCUCAGACGAGCUGCAAAAGACAUCAAGUGGACAAGAACACAGAAAGGAGUAUGAAGAAAAUACACGAAAAGGAUUUAACUUAAACGAAAACGAACGCGUGACGUUGGCGAUGACGUCGCUCGGUCCAGCCAUUAAGAGCUCCUGGGGGCGGCCUUACGGCGCAGUACGUCAGAAGCAGUCUAGCUGGAACGGACUUUGUUUUCCGGCAAACCUAAAACACAAUGGAGAACGGACAAGUGGAAAACCACGUCCCCAAAACCAUCAGCGGUACCAAGCACUUGGACUCUAAUUUGAACAUUGACACAAAGCACAUGGACGACACGGUGGAGUUCAGACUGAUGAUGGCCUACGCUCAGAGGAGAAGGCCAAAGAAGGAGGCUAACACGCACAAAGUAAACGGCCUGGCUAUGACAGAUGGCGAGGAUGCACACCAAACCCCGUCUGAGACAGCUGGAAAGACUGAAAAAAUGGAGGGGGGAAAGAAAAAGAGAAAGAAAACAAUAUGGAGGCAUCUAAAACCAAUCUUAGGAUGUGUUAAGCCUCAAAUAGAAGAGACAGAACCAACAAUGACAGCUGAGAACCACGAGGAUCCCAACAAUCGAUGCUUGGCUCCUCUUAAUGAUCAAGAUUCAGUUAAAGAUGAGGAUUGGAUGGAGGCAGUGGCGGACCGAGUGAUCGGGAUUGUCAACGAAAUUCAGCUUACUUCACAACUGGAGACAGAUUGCGUAAGCCAGAGUACUUCAACUCUGAAUACAGAUGCUGAGACUCCGCUUACUUCAGAAAAGGAUAAUUUGGAGAAGGUGAUUGGUCUGCUGCUGAGGGACAGUGGAGACAGGCUGAAUGAGGAGUUUAACCUUGCCCGCAUAGCUGUAGAUCUUUUCUUGGACUACAACUUCUUCACGAGGCUUCUCAACACCUUCCUUGUAAGGAUAGGCUUCAGGAGUCCAGACCCUGAUGCCUUGGGACCCCAAGCAGCGAACAAAACCCAGAUCGCUGCCACCUGUGAGAUAACGAGUCGUCUUUGCUCUGUGGAGGCGCUGCCUGGAAACCAGUUACUGCAACACGGAGCUCGGUAUCUGCAGGAUUAUUAUUCCUCGUGGGCUCAGCAGCAGGGCGGAUACGAGGAAGUCUUUCAGGACGAAGAGGAAGUUGACUGAUUUUGAUGCUUAAAUCGUGCAUCACAAAAAAGUGUUGAAAUGGUGCAAAUGGGACUUGGAACCUUCAUUUCUUGACAUGCUUUAAUUAGUUUUCAGUGAGCACUUGAAACCUCAUCCUUUUGAACAACUGUGAUCCAAAGAUCUUCAGCUGUCAAUUUGUCUCUGCAGGGAUCAAAGUUAAAGAGGAAAUAAUUUUCACACAAACGUAAUGGAAGAGCGUUUAGCGUUUGUAUGGACUACCGACUUAAAUAACUUAAAUUUAAAAUUUUCUUUUGUAGUUUUUAAGCCAAUUUAAUGUCUUGUUUGCACACUUGCACUUUUAGAAAAAUAACAGAGUUUUUCAAUGUGAAUUAUUCUGAUACAAAUAAGUGUAGACCUUAAAUGAUAUUUUUGAAUAAACAAUUCUUGGCACAA